AGAGCAAGGGAAGAAAAGACUUCAUUACCUGAGUGCAUAUCACUGUUGAACACUGUUUACAAGCACCCGUACGCCUAUUACUUUGGCAGUUUUCAGUUUGGGGCUUAGCUCUUUCUCACCUGUAUGCAGCAGGUAUCACUUGGCUUUUUUUUCUUGGUGGAGACUGAGGUGUUUUCCACAGCAUACUGUGGAUGAAGAUUCACUCUUUGGUUUCUUCAUGGCAAGAGGACUCAACAAUGUGUGCCUAGCAUGGCUGUGGCUCCUGCACCGACCACCCAGGGACCGGUAUGGCUUUUAGCCGCAUCAGUAAACUGGACCCCCCAUCCCGAGGCAUCUUUAGGAAAGCGGCGGUCAUGCUUUGCUCCCUCCUCACCUCUCUGUUCCUCCUGCACUGCCUCGCCGACCGCAGCAGCACCACCUCGCCCUCACCGGUCAAAGCCGCCUCCGGCCGGGCUGCUGGGCUUUUCGAGGACUUGAGGUCGUUGCGGACCAAGAGACUGGUUUACGAAUGGACCGCCGGCUCUGAGCUGAUGGGCUACGGGGCCGUCCGGCGCUCCUCGCUGGUCCUCGCGGAUGAGCGCGCGAGCCAGGGUUUGGAGCUGCCCGAGGAGUCUUACAUCUUGCCGCCUCCGGAUUUAGUUGCUUCCAGGAAAGUAUCGCCGAGGUUCGCAGGUAAACUCAGUCCGCUCGGGGAGGGGAGCAAGAAGCUGCCCCAGGCUCUCAUCAUCGGGGUGAAGAAAGGAGGGACCCGGGCUCUGCUGGAGUUUCUCCGGGUUCAUCCAGAUAUCAGAGCAGUGGGAGCGGAGCCGCACUUCUUCGACCGCAACUAUGAGAACGGACUGGAGUGGUACAGGGAGCUGAUGCCCAAGACCCUGGAGGGCCAGAUCACCAUGGAGAAAACGCCCAGCUACUUUGUGACCAGAGAGGCUCCAGCCCGGAUCUCCGCCAUGUCCCGGGACACCAAGCUGAUCGUGGUAGUGAGGGACCCCGUCACCAGGGCUAUCUCAGACUACACACAGACUCUGUCUAAGAAGCCUGACAUUCCCUCUUUCGAGAGCCUCACCUUCAAAAACAGGACUACGGGGCUCAUCGACACCUCGUGGAGCGCCAUCCAGAUCGGUAUCUACGCCAAGCACCUGGACAACUGGCUGCAGUACUUCCCCAUGGAGCAGAUCCUGUUUGUGAGCGGCGAGCGCCUGAUCAGCGACCCGGCCGGAGAGCUGGGCCGCGUGCAGGACUUCCUGGGGCUCAAGAGGAUCAUCACAGACAAACACUUUUACUUCAACCAGACCAAGGGUUUCCCGUGCCUCAAGAAGGCGGAGGGCAGCAGCAAGCCCCACUGCCUGGGCAAAACCAAAGGGAGGACCCAUCCGAACAUUGACCCUGAGGUGGUGCAGAGGCUACGGGACUUCUACAGGCCCUUCAACAUGAAGUUCUACCAGAUGACAGGGCGGUUUUUUGGCUGGGAUGACUGAAUGUGUUGCCUGUGACACUGAGGACUGUGGGAAAUACUACGAUGGACUAUUAGAGCCACUCUAGGAGGAAAAAAAGAUUUUGAGAGUAAAGUAGAAAUAUUUCAAGAAAAAAUUAAUAAUGUUACAAGAAAUAAGGCUAAGAUUAAAAAAAAUUAUAAUUUUAGUUGAAAACUAUUUUGUGAAUAUCCUAGGAAAGUGCAGUUAAAACAAUCUAUGUGUAUAACAGUCAGGCAAAACUAAAACAUGCAAAUUUAAUCUAAUGUCGUUUAAUCAAAUUCUAACAUUUUGGUUAUUAUUGUCUCAAAAGCUUUUUUCUAAGAAAUAUAACUUGUUUUCUCAUAGAUUUAUAAUUCUAUUAUUGUAAUAUUUUGUAACAUUGUGUCUUUAUUCUGGUAAAACUAUGCCUUUAAUUUAAUGCAAUAUAGUUAUCUUAAUAAUAUAUAUACUGUAUAAUGAUAUAUAUAUGUAUAUAUUAUAUAUGAUUUUACACUCAAAAACUGAGAAUGAAGUAAUAAUAUUACAAGAAAACAAGUUGUUAUAUUUUGAGAAUAUUUUUCUCAUAAAACUAUUACUUUAUUUUUAUAUUGUUACUUUUACUUUAACUUUUUAUUGCAGACUGAUAUGUUUGUGACUUUUUCAGAGAUAUGACAAUUUUAUUCUCAAAAUCUUGUUCGUCCUCCCGAACAGUGUCCAUAUUAAUCUGUCGUAGAAAUAUGGCCUCAGCACUAACCGUAAGCAAUAUGUGGCUGUUCCAGGAGAGACAGAGGCCUAGUCUCUCCUCAGUGGCAUCCCAGAUAUGCAAUCUUUCACUGUUCCAUUUUUCAUCAUCAGAGCUGCCUCUAAUCCACAAUCAUGGAGGUGUUUUCCUGUAAGAAAAUGCGAUUGAGUUGUUGAAGGAUUUGCGUCAUGUCUCCCUGCACUAUCUGAAGAAACUGUUUUUUUUUGUUUUUUUUGUUUGAGGUCCUUGGCUGUGAGACAGUACUAUUGUAUGCAGUGCUUCUUCAAGAAGAUGGGUGAAAUCACAUUGUGUUCAGGGGCUUUUGAUAAAAGCUCUUACUGAAUGAUUUAAUGCCAUAUUUUAAACAUACAUAGCUGCUUUCAAAUUUUCUAGCAAAAAGAAUAUGAAAAGAUAAAAAUAUAUGUAUUUUUGAAAUGUAUUUAUUCAAGAGGUACACAAGCAGUAUGUAUGUAUUUUGAAUAACUCCUCAGUGAUUAUUUCCUCUUUUAUUAUUAUUAUGCUCCCCCAUGCCUUUUAGAGUUUUGUUUGUUUUAUUCUGAACACUAAAACAUGUUAUCCUCAAUUUAAUUUCAGGUCAUGCAUUCUAAUAUGUAUUUACUAUACAUGGACAAGUGUGGGAACACUCGUCUCCACUUAGCUUUCAGUUCCAGAGCUGUGGCUUUGUUAUUUCAAGGGUUGUUUCCCUACCCUCAGUUAAUGAAGUUACAGGCAAAGAUAGCACUCGCUAUUAUUCAAGCAACAGCGACUCCGGUGGAGGGAAGAGACCUCCAAAAGGGCCUUCCCAAGCUGUGACUCAAAUUUCCUCAACAUGCCUCCUUGUGAAUUGAAUACACUUGAUGUCACUGGCCUUCCUUGCCUCGAGGCGAUGUGUGUGUGGAAGUCUUUUUAAACCCAGGGAGCAUGAGAACAAUGGCUGAGUUGUGUUCCUAAUUUCUGUCUACUUGUAUUGUGAGCCACUUUCUAAAAGCAGAUGUUCCUCAAAAGACACAAAAUACAAAAGUGUUUUUUCUUGGGGUUUUUUUUUUGGUGUGAGCAUCAGAAAAGAACCUGAUAUAGAUUUUUUUUUUUUUUUGAGGGGGUGGUGGUUUAUGUUACCAAUCUAACUGUGCUGUUCUGACUGUUGUUUACUUCAAGUUGUUGGGAUUUUUAAGGCACUCAUUGAAUAAAAGAUGUUAUAUGUA